AUGGUUUUAUUUUAUUAAAUUAUACAUAUAUAGAAAUAGGAAUUAAUCAUUUUAUAAAAUAAAAAAAGGAAUUUAAACUAUGAAGAUGUCUAAAUAAAAACGUUAGAUUAAAUAACUUUAAGAGGGUGGUUAAUUAAAUAAGAAAAUAGCAAUGAAAAACCUACUGUUGUCUUUUUUCAUGAAAAUGCUGGAAAUAUAGGCCAUAGAUUAUAUUAUUUAAAAAAUUAUUUUGAGAAUGUAAAAGUUAAUAUACUUAUUAUAGCAUAUAGAGGAUAUAGUAAUUCAGAUGAGGUUCAAUAAAUUAAUGAAUAAGGUUUAUAAAUAGAUAGUAAAGCUAUCAUUUAAUAUGCUUUUAAAUGCCCAUAAAUUGAUAAAAAUAAAAUAUUUUUGCAUGGAAGAAGUUUAGGAGCAGCUGCUUUAUGUUAUGGUGUUCUAAAUACAAAUAAACAACCAAAAGGAAUAAUUUUAGAAAAUACUUUUACUUCAAUAGAUGAUAUGGUUGAAAUAAUAGCAAAACCAUUGGCCUAAUUUUCUAAAUUUAUACUAAAAAACAAUUGGAAAACAAUUGAUAUCAUAUAAAAUAUAAAAAAUCCAUCCUUAUUUAUAAAAACUAAAAAAGAUGAAAUAAUUCCUAGCAAAUAAAUGGAUUAUUUAUAUGAAAAAUGUGGAAGUGAAAAUAAAAUUUUAUUUGAAAUUUAAGAAGGAUAACAUAAUGAUAGUUGGAAAAUUGAUUAAAAUUUAUACUUUUCUUAAAUAAAAAAAUUUAUAGAAUAAAAUUGUUGA